CUAUGUCGUAGUCAAGUAGUGAAACCCGUCAGAUAGUGUAAAGCCGCUCCGUUUCAUCAUCUGCCGGCAAUUCGUGUAUUUUAAUUCAGUUACACUAUAUGACUAGGUAUUUUAUGAAAUGCUUAAGUUCUUGUGGCGAUUUAUGUAUAACUUCAUUAUACACAAUCUGACUAACUUAUCCAUCUGACGUUUCACGGAGUAACGGUGAUAUUAAUUAAUUCGUUACAAUUUCUAAUCGAUAACUGUCAUAUAAAUCAAUAAUUCAAGAAUUUUAAUAAAAUUCCCGAUGGAUGAAAUGAAAAAUAUGUUUUAUGAAGAAUUCGACAAAUAUUAUAGUAAUGUACCAUCGAGACGGCCUUGUAGUGCUGAAGAAUUAGACAAAUAUUUAAGCGUAUGACAACAACGCAGUAUUUAAUUUGUCAUCUAAGUUACAACAAAUCCAAGUUAAUAAUCCCGGAUAUCAAAAUGAAUAAUUUAAUUAUUAAAUUAAUAACGCUAGUAACAUUCUCCAGUAUUUCCUUCGUCUAUUCUCACUCGAUUGAUAAACGUUCACCGUCAACUGAAGGUGUCAUAGUUGGACCAUAUACUCCAGUUUACUAUUUAGAAUAUCCACGAGAUAAUUAUUUAAAAGUUCGUCGUGUAGAGCACAAAUUUGAAGCAUCCCCUUCUUAUAACUACUAUCGUAUUCCAGAAAACAAAUCCAACGGCACACUUUUUCUGAAGGUAUUAGUAGUCCUUGAUUGGUAUGAUCUAGUUGAAAACAGAACAGAGCAAGAUAUUCUUAAUGACGUAUUGACGAAGUGGAAUAAAGUCGAUAAAUAUUUUGGACAACUUGACAACUUCGAAUUGAAAUUGGUUAUUUCUGGAGUCGUCAUACCAACAAAACCUAAUAUUUGGCAACCAGAGACAGAAGUUGAAGCGACUUAUUGUUAUCUUAUACCUUCUUUUACAAAAAAUGUGACCGAUUGGUUCAAUGAUAAUGCCGAUCAGUUUGAAAGUCUCGACUAUAAUUUAUUUGUUUUCAUGUCACACCGCGAAUUGACCUCGUCAAAGAAAAUUGAAGACUGUGCAUAUGAUCGUCAUAGUACGAAUAAGUUCGCUUGCAAUACUAAACACGGUUCAGAUCAUCGUUCACUGGGAGGAGUCGCAGUGAAUAAUCAUGUUUUUACGAAUAGUGCUGCCUACACUAUCGCUUCAAUAUUGGGAGUCAAGACAGAUCAAGAAUUAGGAUGCGAAAGUGGUCAUAUAAUGGACUCCAGUCAAGUUCGUGGUGACUUGACUUGGUCCGAAUGUUCUAAAAGAGCCUUUAGAUCGAUGGUCAAUGACAGCGCAUACACUUGUUUACGUCAAAUAAUUUAUCAAGAAGAUGAAAACGAUUAUGACGAUUAGUGAUUCAAACUUUCAAAUAAAAUUUUAUACUUUAUACGCUGAAAAAAAAUAAUAACCAUUAGCAUAAUAUUGAUGUUUAGGUUUAGGUUUCCACUAUAUUUAAAUGGUGUAUUAUCGUACGAUGGACGGUGUGGCUCAAUAAGUUAUAGAUCAAAUUGAACGGAAUAUAGUAUAGGGCCGGAUAGCUCAACUGGUAGAGCACUCGGCGCGAUACCGAAUCGGUCUGGGUUCGAUUCCCAGUUCGGGCUAUCUAUAUUUUUCUCAAUAUUUCCCCUAUAUAAAAACGAUUCCCAGGAACCUGAAAAAUUUGUAAACUUUGCGAUCUGAGAUAAUAAUGAUUAUCAUCUAGGACAAAAAUAGUUACCAUUUUCGAUAGGAAAAUUUGAUAUAAGAGAAUGAGAAUCUUUCAAAUAUAAGGAUGGAAAUUUUUACUUCGUUGAGAUGGGAAGUAUUAGUUUUUUUCGGCGUGUAAGAAAAAUUGUAUAAA